AUGGAGUCUCCAAAUGAACAACAACGACGACAACAACAGCAUCAACAACGAACGAUACCUGCUGGUUUGCAAACCACCGGUAGCUUUGAUGCCACUGGUAGCAGCCUGUAUCAGCAACAACACUCGUUCCCUCUUGCCAACUAUUUGAAUCAGCAGCAGCAUCAUCACCACCACCAAACUUCUUCUUCUUCUUCAAGUCAGCAGCUGCAGCAGCAGCAGCAGCUCCAACAAUUGCGAGAGCUGCAAUUGCUGCAGUCGUUAAUGCAGCGGCACCAGAAGCAGCAACCACAGCAGCAGCAACACCAACAACGGAUUCAGUCCCUUCUGCAGCCACACCGUCAUGAACAUGAACAUCCUCAUCGUCAUCGUCAUCAUGGCCAGCAAAGAACGAGGCGUCCAUUGAAUCUUGGUGCCCUGUUAUCGUUGAAUGGUGAGACCAGUAGCAGAAGCAUGAACACGAAUACUAAUAAUACUGCUACUUCUGCUACCAAUACCCAUUCGCUGGGUGGCUUGAAUUCCAACCUCCAAGCGCAGCUGUUGCGAUCUCUUGCGAGCCCACAGCCAGCAGCAGCAGCAGCAAGCUCUCAAAAGACUACUGCUACUACCAAUCACAGCAUCAGCACUGCUGCCAACUCUUAUUUCUCACCCAGCAGCACACCGCUGGGUGGACUCAAUCAUUCCGAUUUGCAAUCCCAGCUUCUCUUGAGCCUUGCUGGUGCGAACAAUAACCCCAAAGCUAGUGGUGCUACCUCUCAUCAAAAUAAGAACAAUCAUGCUCUUCGCAUAGCCUUGGAAAAGCAGAAAAUACUCGAGAGGGCAAGGGCACUCAACGAGAUUGAAAUUCGAAGAGCUCUCGAACAAGAACAACCGCAACAACAACGAGCAGCAGGUCAAACGACCAGCAACAGCAACGACAACAACGCUAACUCUUCGUCCUUUCGCACCAUACAACAACAACAACAGCAGCAGCAAGAUGGUGCUGGCACUGGUUCUAGAAGAAGCUCCGAGAGCAACCUACGAAUGCCCUCUAAUUUUGGAUCUAACGAUUCUGAUUCCUCAGGACAAUACAUUCGAGUCAAUAACUCGGUUGCUAGACCAAUGUCUCCCAUAUCGGAUGAGGCAAACGGAUCGGAUGAUUCUGCCAAUGAGAACCGAACUCAAUCUUUAUCCGAUCGAACUCAAUCCGUAUGUGCCCCGCCCUUGCACUUUGCUGCCGGCGAAGAAGGCGGCGGCGGCAACGUCAGAGAUCUGAGAAUGGUACAAGACAGUGGCUGGGAAUCCAAGUUCCGAGACCUCCUCGAAUUCAAGCGCGAACAUGGGCACUGCAACGUCUCAAGACGAUACAAGAAAAACCCCAAGCUUGGUGUCUGGGUUUGCAGCAUUCGCCAGCAAAUGACCCGGGGCACUCUCAACAAGGCCAAGAUGGAACGAUUGAAUCAAAUUGGUUUCCAAUGGCGAAUCACCGUCAUCAAGGGAGGCCAGAUCAAUCCUCAAAUAGCCAACAAGACUGGUCGUCGUGGUAGUGGUGCUGCUGACCCAUGGAUCGAAAACUUUCAACAACUCAAGUCCAUCCAAGCGCGCACUGGAAGUUGUGAAGUUUCAGCAGCCUCCAGCAACCACAACAACAACAAUCGCAACCUCUACAAGUGGGUAAGCAAACAACGCAAGGAAAUGGCCAAGGGCAAGUUGUCCAUAGCCAAGCAAGAAAUGUUGAAUUCCAUUGGCUUUUCAUGGUCCAAACACCAACCAAAACCAGUACCAGUACCAGUACCAGUACCAGUACCAGUACCACCAAGGCGACAACAAGAAGCGCCGGAACAGGACUGCGCAAAGAUAUCUGAUGAUGAUGAAUCCACCAAGAGAAGCCGAGCACCAGCGGGGGCUCCUGUGAAACAUUUACAUAUGAAUUGA